AUGUGGAACCCUCCUCAAGAUUACAUCAACAGACCAGUAGCUGUAUUAGGUGGUGGUGUGUUGGGCAGACGUAUUGGUGAGUGUGCAGAGUUCGCAGAUCCUAGUGAGCAGCAGCGUCAAGAUGCUGUUGACUAUUUCAAUGCCAAUGUAGCAUCUUACGCCGAAGCCACGGGAAAGGCUCACGGUAAUGUCGCCGUCUAUGAAGACCUACAGUCUGCCGUCAAGAACGCAUGGCUCGUGUUUGAAGUCGUUCCCGAAAAGCUUAACAUCAAAAUCGAGACAUUUGCUGAGCUUGAGAAACUGGUAANNGCACCGAAAGACUGCAUCCUCGCCUCCAACUCAUCAUCGUACAAGUCUAGCGAGAUGAUCGAGAAGGUCAGCGACGAAACAAGAGGUCGAAUCCUCAAUACCCACUACUUCAUGCCACCGACUAUCAUGAUGGUUGAGCUUAUGACAGAUGGCUACACACAUCCGGAGAUCUUUCCUUUCCUAGCAGAACGUCACAAGGAGGCAGCACUUGUUCCUUUCAUCGCACGUAAAGAGUCGACUGGUUUUAUCUUCAACCGAACGUGGGCUGCUAUCAAGCGCGAGUUCUUGACCAUUCUAGCCGAGGGAGUAUCGACACCAGAGGAGUUGGAUCAGAUGUGGACUUUGUUCUGGGGCUCUAAACAGACUCCUUGUCGAAUCAUGGACCAGGUCGGGCUCGAUACUGUCCAAUUCAUCGAAGAACAUUAUGUCCGCGAAAGAGGUCUUCCCAAGGAAAAAACAGUCGACUUUCUGGAGGAGAACUACAUCAAACAAGGCAAGCUCGGAGACAAGUGCCAAAACGGUGGUCUAUAUCCUCCUUCGACACCCGACACCUCGAAGAUCGUCCUUUGCGAGCUCGGUGUAUCAAAGUCACUGAAAGGGAAAACAACCACCAAAGAAGUCUUGAGCAACGGCCGCUUGUUUGAAGUUGCUAAAGACGGCAGCAAACCUUCGUCUCUCCUGGAGAAGGCUGGUCUACCCGACGGCAUUGAGUUCUGUAAAGCCGACAGACGUCUGUAUGUCACUGACAUGGGUACAUUCGGUAACAACGACGGACGAGUGUUCUCCUGUGAGCUUGAUGGCAGUGAUGUCAAGGAGAUCGUCCCGCGUGGCAGUGUGCACACUCCUAAGCAGACGGUGAUUGACGAGCAGCAUGGAAAGCUGUACUUCUGCGAUAGAGAAGGUCUUCGUGUUAUGUGUUGCGAUCUUGAUNGGCCGCAACCUGCAGACACUGGUUCAAAAUGGCGAUUGGCAAAACCGGAAGACAUGGCAGACCAGACUAAGUGGUGUGUUGGUAUCACACUUGCUCCCAAACUUGGCAAGUUGUUCUGGACUCAGAAAGGCUCACCCAAGAGUGGAAAAGGUCGCAUCUUCAGCGUCGAUAUCAACAUACCCACUGGUCAGACAGCUACAACCAGGUCGGACGUCGAGUGCGUAUUGGAUAAGCUGCCAGAGCCGAUCGAUCUUGAAUUUGACAGCAACACCAAUAUGCUCUACUGGACUGAUCGAGGAGAGGUUCCAUACGGUAACAGCUUGAACAGAGCAGAGCUCGAUGCAAACGGUCAUGCACGUCCAGUGGCAUCUGGUCUGUUUUCUAAGCACGAGAUCAUCGCACAAAACUUCGACGAGGCCAUUGGACUGAGGUUAGACAGCGCAAGCGGGAGUAUCUAUGUCGCUGACCUUGGCGGCACGUUGUGGAAGGUUCAGGGAGGUAUCAAGUCAAAGGUGUUCGAAGACAAGACAAACGCCUUUACAGGAUUUGUGAUAGUACCAUAG